UUUUCAACGAAACGAUUAACAGACACCUCAAUGACUGAGGACAGUUUCUCCAAGCAGCGUACCCCCAGUGCAGUCGCAUGAGUCCCGCAACAUAGGAGCGGUGCCCAACGAAGAGCCACCCACGCUUCCCCCGCCCAGUGCGAAAGAGGCCGCUGGCCGUAGCUCCGGGCGCGUGCUCUGCCGCUCACGCCGCCCCGCGCUCACGCCGCCCCGCGCUCACGCCGCCCCGCCUCCCCCUCUCCAGGACUUCCUGCUGCUUCUCGCCGACCCCCGCCGCGCCGUUGGACGGACCCGGCCUAUCCCGAGCGCGCUGUUAGCCAGGGGUAGCCGGAAGAGACCGGGCAGCGGGGGAGAGCUGCAGAGGGUGGUGGAGCCCGCUACGCACGCCCAGGGAGGGCAGGGGGAGAGAGGGAGGCAGAGUUAAGCGAGGAGCGCGAGUAAGUGAGCUUGGGUCCGACUUGAGCUCGGGCUCAAGACGGAGACUGGUGGGCCAGGCCCCCAAGCCGGCGUCACACCCCGUCUGAAGAAGACAGGCGGUCACAUGGCUUCGCCAUUCCUGCCUGCGGGAGCCACUACGGGCGACAGCGGCGGAGAGCUGAGCUCGGGGGACGGCUCCGUGGAUGUGGAAUCCCUUCAGAGCCCGGAGACCGAGGCGUCCAAGAGCCUGACAGAGCUGUUUGAGAAGGCUGCCGCGCACUUCCGAGGCCUGGUUCAAGGGGCCAGCAGGGAGCAGCUCUUGUACCUGUAUGCCCGGUACAAGCAGGUCAAAGUUGGAAAUUGCAAUACUCCUAAACCAAGCUUCUUUGACUUUGAAGGAAAGCAAAAAUGGGAAGCAUGGAAAGCACUUGGUGAUUCAAGCCCCAGCCGAGCAAUGCAGGAGUACAUUGCCGUAGUUAAAAAAUUAGAUCCAAGUUGGAAUCCUCAGUCACCAGAGAAGAAAGGAAAAGAAGCAAAUACUGGUUUUGGUGGGCCAGUUGUUAGUUCUCUGUAUCACGAAGAAAUCAUCAGGGAAGAAGACAAAAACAUAUUUGAUUACUGCAGGGAAAACAACAUUGACCAUAUAACCAAAGUCUUCAAAUCAAAAAACGUGGAUGUGAAUAUGAAAGAUGAAGAGGGCAGAGCUCUACUCCAUUGGGCUUGUGAUCGAGGACAUAAGGAACUAGUCACAGUCCUGCUACAACAUAGGGCUGAUAUUAACUGUCAGGACAAUGAAGGUCAAACAGCUCUACAUUAUGGGCUCCCCUGGUGGCGCGGUGCUUAAGAGUCCGCCUGCCAAGGCAGGGGACACAGGUUCGAGCCCUGGUCUGGGAGGAUCCCACACGCCGCGGAGCAGCUAAGCCCGUGCGCCACAACUACUGAGCCUGCGCUCUAGAGCCCGCGAGCCACAACUACUGAGCCCACGUGCUGCAACUACUGAAGCCGGCGUGCCUAGAGCCCGUGCUCCGCAACAAGAGAAGCCACCGCAACGAGAAGCCCGCGCACCGCAACGAAGAGUAGCCCCCACUCUCCGCAACUAGAGAAAGCCCGCGUGCAGCAACAAAGACCCAAGGCAGCCAAAAAAAAAAAAAAAAAAAGCAUAUCUAUCACAGUAUACAGGUCAUCACUAGGCUCCUUUCUAUAAACAGCCCUCCGAAGUAAUUACUGUUUUCCCCAGUUUAUAAAUGAGGAAAUCAAAACUCAAAGAAGUUAAUACACUUACCUAAGGGAGCCAGAGAUUCAAACCCAUAUCUCUAGAUUUACCAGGAAAGGAGAGAAAAACAAAUGCCUUCCCCUGCCUCCUUCCAGAGUACUCACAUCUCUGACUCUGCAAAGGUGUUUAUAGAAUUCUGUCAGAUAGCUCCUCUGACAUCACCAAAUGCUGGCUACUCUUAACUCUCAUUUUCGACCCAGGAAAAAACGUUUCUCUGCUACCUCCCUAGCUGUUUGAACUUGGCAUAAGUCAAACAACCACAGAUAAUCUGAAAGGGUAAAAGAAACUCUUCAACAGUGGUUGUGAGGCCCUCAGCAUAAAAUUCAGGGCUGCGCCUUCUUCCUGAUGCCUGGCUUCUUGAAGCCAGGCAAACUUUUUAUUUCAAAAUACGUGCCAUAAGGUCCAGAGUUCACUGCUCGGCUUAGAAAGACAACUCUGCCAGUGCAACCACGUGCUGUGCUAAAUCAGUGCUUAUUUUCAUCCCCUCAUUCCUUCUUUCAUCCACUCAUUAGACAUUUUUUAGUGCCUUCUCUGUGGCAUGUUUUGUGUUUUCCUUUCAUUUCUCCAUCCAGAAACUGUAGAAACAGUUAAACCAGACUAAAUAUGCCCUUGAGAAUGUAGAUGAGUCACUCUGUCAUCCCUAGUUAACCAUUAAGGGUGAAUGCCUUUACACAUGUGGGAAUGUGUCCACUUAAGUUUGAUAUGUGUAAACUUCAUUUCUGUAUAGCAGCAGGGUGGGGAAUUUUUUUUUUUUUUUUUUUGGCUGCACCGUGCGGCGUGUGGGAUCUUAGUUCCCUGACCAGGGAUCAAACCCACGCCCCCUGCAUUAGAAGCACGAAGUCUUAACCACUCGACUGCCAGGGAAGUCCCUCAAAGGUCUUUCUGACUGGCUUCAAAAUAAGCUGUAUAUUCUUUAUGUACUGAUAUGGAAAAAUCUCUAAGAUAUAUUGUUAAGUGAAAGGAAUAAGGUGCAGCACAGUAUAUAUACUGUGCUGCCAUGAAUAUAUCUGUAUACAUUUGCUAGUAAAUGGAACAAUACACAAAAAGUGAAUGUUGGUUGCCUAAGGGAAGAACUGUGGAGCUAGAAUACAAGCACAGGAUAAAAGUGUUUUCCUAUAAACCCUUUAAUGACUUCUGUAUUUGGAACCAUAUGCAUGUAUCUAUUUGAAGAUUCAAUUUAAAUUAUUUUAAAUUUAAAUUAUUUUAAAUCUAAAUAUCAUAGGCUCUAUUAGUACUAUAAAUACAACUUAAUUAUAUUCCAUUCAUUCAACAAAUAUUUAAUGAGCACCUACUACUUGCUGGAUAAAAUAUACCAAACAUCCUUUUCAAGGUAACAGAUGGCCCCAGACGCUGGGUGUCCUUCACUUCCCAGCCAAUAAACAAGGACCUGAUAACCAUAGUGCUAGUGUGUGAGUUAACACUGUCUAAUCUGGGGAAACUGUGGGCUUGGGUUUCAAUGCCAGCAAACCCUGGAAAUGUUGCUUCUUGAGUAAUGGGAAGUUGGAACUGAGACCUGAAUCCAGAGUAAGCCAGCACUUUCAAAGGACUGCAUCCUCAGUAGGAAAAAAAAGUUAAAUUAGAUUAGAAAAAGUUGACCCACUAGUGUAAGGAAGGAAAACAAGCUUAUCUGCCACAGACCAGAAUCUGGGUGGAAGAAAAGCCCCACCUCAUGCAAGUUUGGGGUUUAAAUUUAUACUCUGUUGCAGAAAUUCUCAAGUUGAGAAAUUAACAUAAAUGUACUAGGCUGGUUACCCCUAAAGGAACUGGCAGAAGCAAAUGCUAAACUUCUCUUGAGAGACACAUCCUCAACCAAUGCAGCACAAAAUUCCUACAGAAAGAAGUUCUGCUGAAAAUGAGUUCACAAUCCAGAAUUACAGAUUACACCUGAGUGAAUGUCAGCGGACAUAGUAAACCACAGGAUUAAACUUUAAGGAAUUUAAGUAAAACUAUUGGAUAGAAAUUAUAAGAAAAAAAUUGUAUAAAAUCAAGGAAUCAGGAACACAAGAACAAGACACUCCAAAAAAGAACAAGCGGAUUUGAAAGAGAAUCAAAUAGAACUUCAGUAAGUGAAAAAAUAUAGAAAUCUUACAAUAUGAAUAGGUUAAAGUGCAGAAUUGGCACAAGUAAAAAAACAACAACAACAAAUUAUGGUGAACUGAAAGGUAGUUCUAAAAGGCAGUACAGAAAGAUAAUGAAAUGGAAUUGUAAAAGAGACACUGAGUGUAAAAUGAUGAAUCUCACGAACAUACUGUUUUGUAUCUGGCAUCCUGAACUCAGUAUGUACUAUAUGCUUCCAUUUAUAUGAAGAUCAAAAACAGGAAAAACUCAUCUCCAGCAUUAGCAGGCAGGAUAAUGGUCACCUUGGGGAACUGGGUAGGUGGCAUUUGGAAGGGAUUAACAGGGCAGGGGUGCUUCUGAGAUUCUAAUGAUGAGCUGAUUCUUGAUCUGUGUGCUAGUUACAUGGAUAAAUUUAUCUUAAGAAAGUUUAUGUUUAUUGUUUUGGUACUCUUCUGUAUGUAUUUUAUACUCUAAUAAAGUUUACACACAUACAAAAUAAAAUCCAAACCUAGGCAGAUAUAAGAU